UGUUCAGAUACCCGUUCGUGCGAUAACUGUCAGGAAAUAUUGAACGAGUUGGAAAAGAUCGACGGAGAGGCCGAUAAAUAUGGGGUAGAAUUUGUGAAAAACUCGGAGAGGGCCGCAUCCAAAAAAUAUGGUAUCAACAAAUUUCCAUCGUUGGUCUAUUUCCGGCACAAAGAACCCACCAUAUUUGAAGGCGAUUUAAUGAACGAGGAGGAGGUGCUCGAGUGGCUGACUAGUGUCGAGUCCAUGGAUUUGCCGGACAAGAUCGAAGAGGUGAACGCCAAGAUACUACAAAAUUACAUCGAUGAACACGACUACGUGGCCGUACUAUUCUACAAACAAAACUGUAAGAAAUGUGAGAAAGUAUUGCACGAAUUGGAGGAGAUUGACGACGACGCCGACCAACAGAACAUUGGCUUUGUUAAAAUAUCGGAACCGGAGCUCGCCUACGAAUACGGACUCGACGAAUUGCCCGCGUUGGUCUAUUACAGAAAAAAGAUCCCGAUCGUUUAUUCAGGUAUUUGA